CCUCACCUCCCCGACACACCCCUCUCAACCACCCAUCAUGUCGCUCAAUAUCCCCAAUGCCCCGAACGCCAACUUGUUCAAGCAGGGCUAUAACUCCUACGACUCUGAAGAUGGAGCUGUUCUUCGCAAUAUCGAUGCCUGUCGCGCAAUCUCCUCCACCGUCCAGACAUCCCUUGGUCCCUACGGCCGCAACAAGAUUGUCAUCAACCAUCUGCAGAAGAUGAUUCUGACCUCCGACGCUGCCACCAUCCUCCGCGAACUCGAUGUUGUCCACCCAGCCGCAAAGCUUAUUGUCAUGGCUUCCCAGCAACAGGAAGCCGAGAUGGGAGACGCCACGAACUUGGUCAUCGUGCUUGCCGGAGAGCUGCUAAAGAAAGCUGAGGAUCUGUUGAGGAUGGGGUUGAAGACAUCGGAUGUUGUCCAGGGCUACGAGAGAGCACAAAAAUACGCACUGGAGGUGCUCGACGAGUUGGUCGUGGAUAAGGUGGAGGAUAUGCGGUCACAGAAGGAGCUCAGCAAGGCCAUCAGGACGGUCGUUGCGAGCAAACAAUGUGGCAGUGAGGACUUCUUGGCGGACCUUAUCGCUGAAGCUGUGUUGGCUGUUCUGCCAAAGAACCCAACGCAAUUCAACGUUGAUACCGUCAGAGUUGUCAAGAUUAUGGGAGGAAGCAUGGAGCAGAGCAGAGUUGUCAAGGGUAUGGUCUUUGGGAGGGAGCCAGACGGAUCCGUGAAGAAGGCCGUCAGGGCCAAGGUCGGAGUCUUCUCUUGCCCGAUCGACACCAGCCAGACCGAGACCAAGGGCACGGUUCUACUACACAAUGCAAAGGAAAUGUUGGACUUUACCACGGGAGAGGAGAGCCAGCUGGAGGUUGCCAUCAAGGAGCUUUACGAUUCGGGUCUUCGCGUUGUCAUUGCCGGCUCCACUGUCGGUGAGCUGGCGAUGCACUACCUCAACCGCUUCGGCAUCCUGGUCAUCCGCAUUUUGUCCAAGUUUGAGCUCAGAAGAGUGUGCAGAGUUGUUGGUGCUACCCCAUUAGCAAGACUUGGCGCCCCUAUGCCGGACGAGAUGGGAAGCAUCGACAUUGUCGAGACCUUGGAGAUUGGUGGUGACCGUGUGACCGUUUUCAGACAAGAGAAUGACUCGACAAGGACGGCCACUAUUGUUCUGCGCGGAGCCACCAUGAACCACCUCGAUGAUAUUGAGCGUGCCGUUGAUGAUGGAGUCAAUGUCGUCAAGGCCAUCACAAAGGAUCCGAGGUUAGUCCCAGGAGCUGGAGCCACAGAGACGGAGCUUGUUGAGCGGAUAAUGGCACACGGCGAGACCACCCCUGGCCUGCCACAAUACGCCAUUAAGAAGUAUGCCGAGGCGUUCGAGGUAAUCCCAAGGACACUAGCUGAGAGCGCUGGAUUGGAUGCCACCGAGGUGCUGAGCAGGUUAUACACUGCCCACCACAAGAAGGAGGACUGGUCUACCGGUGUUGAUAUUGAGAACGAUGAUGGAACCGGAAUCCUUGAUGCCAAGGACGCCGGCAUCCUUGACCUGUUGGUCUCCAAGUCUUGGGCCAUCAGGCUUGCCACCGAGGCAGCACGCACCGUCCUCUCGGUCGACCAGAUCAUCGUCGCGAGACAGGCUGGUGGACCGAAGCCGCCAGCGCCUAAUGCUAACUGGGAUGAGGAUUAGAUGCAUGUGCUGGGGAGGGGAUGAACUUGGCGAGCUGGGAGACGCUUGGGCUAGAUGUAUAAUACCUAGUUGUGAGGAUACAGCCGAGAAUAGAAGCCUCCAUGCCA